AUCACAUCAACAACACCGUCAUCUUAUUUUCUUUAUACUCUGGGUUUGAGUAUCCCUUGUACUCCGGUGUUAAAAAAAUCAGCAAUUCUGGCUAAUCCGUGGUGGGCCGAUCAACAGGUAGGAUUGUCUGGGGUGGUGGAUCAUCACCACCAUCCAUCAGACAAUUCACCUGGUGUAAACAAACGCCACCACGCGGAACUUUUCAUCAAUGAAACCAAGAGAAGAGAAGAAGACGACGAUGAAGAAAGAGAAGACGAUGAACCAAAAGAAGGUGCGGUGGAAAUCGGAAACAGAAGACCAAGAGGAAGACCACCAGGUUCAAAAAACAAACCAAAACCACCAAUUUUCAUAACAAGAGACAGUCCAAAUUCACUAAAAAGCCAUGUGAUGGAAGUAUCCCCCGGGGCCGAUGUAGCCGAAAGCGUAGCUCAGUUUGCAAGAAGGCGACAGCGCGGAGUUUGUAUCUUAAGCGGUAGCGGAUCAGUAGCAAAUGUUACCCUAAGACAACCAGCUGCACCAGGAGCUGUUGUAGCACUUCAUGGAAGGUUCGAGAUUCUAUCGUUAACCGGAGCUUUUCUACCCGGUCCGUCUCCUCCCGGUGCUACCGGACUCACAGUUUACUUAUCUGGUGGACAAGGGCAGGUUGUUGGUGGAAGUGUUGUUGGAUCUUUGAUUGCUGCUGGACCUGUCUUGGUUAUCGCCGCUACUUUCGCUAACGCUACUUAUGAAAGAUUACCACUUGAAGAGGAAGAAGAGGAUGAUGGUGGGAUCCAUGGAGGACAUCAUGUUAAUGGUAAUAAUAAUAAUAAUUCAUCUCCUCCUGGAAUUGGAAGUAAUGGCAACGGCAGCGGCGGAGGCGGUGAAGGUGGAGGUGGUGGGGGCCAUAUGCAGUCUGGCCUUCCAGAUCCAUCUUCUUUACCUUUGUAUAAUCUGCCACCAAAUCUUCUGCCUAAUGGUGGCCAUGUGGGACAUGAAGCUUUUCCAUGGCCUCAUGGAAUUAGGCCACCUUUCUGAAUCUGAUCACAUGAAAUUGAAGUCAGGAGUAAUGAAAUAAAUAUUUAUAUAUAGUUAUAUGUAUUUAUAUAGUAGUGUUUGUGAUAAAAUGUGAUGAGAAGUGAGAAGAGGAAGCAAUGUUAUAUUAUAAUUUAUCUACCACUCUCUCUAUGUAUGUGUAUAUGAUUAUUAUUAAGUAAGAACUUUCUGUGUGUUUCUCUUUUGGUUCUGUGUUUUGGAAUAAAAAAGAUGAUGA